GGCAGAUGCUUCAAAGGGACUUAGUGUAAGUUGCUUUAAAGUGUCUGCCAAACGCACAGAUGUGAAGUAAAGUUGCUGAAAUGACUGUGACCUGUUACUUCUGCUUGUAAAUAUGUACUUGUUUCUGUAUCUAACACCUAAGAGAACUGUAAGUUGACUCCUUUUUUUUAUCUUCCACACCCUUUAGACAGGCAAAUGUGUACCUGAGUUACCUGUAUGGCAUUGUCAAAGUGAAAGUAUUUUAUAUACGGAAGUAAAGAAGAAAAAACAACUAGCAUUGCAAGUGUUCACCUUCCCCAGGCUUGGACAUUUACGUCAUCUGUCUUCAGUGAUUAAAGGCAUUUCAAUGUUCAAUGAAGCAGCUGGACAAAAUAAAGAGCAUGUUGUAAAAUCAUCUUUGAGCAGCUUAGCUGUGAUCAUGGCUACUAGAUUCUCAGCCUCGAAGCUCAGAAUUGUGAUCCUAGGAAACUCGGGAGAUGAUACGAAUAAAGUUCUAAAAUCAAUCCUAAACUGUGAGAAUCUGUCAGGACAGAAAAAUGGUCUGUGUAAUAUACAUAAAAGCGAACAAGCAGGAAGGAGGAUCAGAGUUGUUGAAGCACCAGGAUGGGACAGAACCUCAAUACAACCAUCAGCAGAGAACAUAAAAGAAGAAGUUGAAAGAAGCGUGUCACUUUGUCCUCCUGGACCUCAUGCUCUGCUUCUGGUCAUUCCUGUGAAGAUCUCUGAAGAACCUUCCACAAAUGAAAUUACAGCGGCACAGACGCACAUGGAGUUGCUGUCAGAGCGCGUCUGGAAACACACUAUCCUGCUGUUUGCUUGUGAUGAAGGAGUGGGAGAUUGUGCCAUCAAAGCUCACUUCCAGAAAGCAAAGAACAUCCUGGACAAUUGCAAAGGCCGAAGCUACGUUCUUGAGAGCCACGCUAAGAUCAGUGAACUCUUUACCAAGAUAGAAGACCUGGUGGAGGAGAACCGUGGUGAGGUCUUCAUACCACAACCUUACUAUGAACUGAUUCAGAGCAAGACACGAGAAGCGUCUGGUGAGAGUGAGCUCAGACAGAGACGUGGAAGUUUGGACAAUCCUCCUAACUUAAGUAAAACAGAUUCAGAGGAGAGGAAAGAAACAGUAGAGGCUCCCAAGCAUAAGAAUUCAGAAGACAUCAACAUUCCACAGAUCUAUACAUGGAUGGGUAUUGUUGGAGCACUUCUUGGCUCAGUUGCUGGUGCCGAACAUGGAGUAGUAGGAGCUUGCAUUGGAAUAGUCUGUGGUGCCAUUGUGUUUUUUUUACUCGCAGUUCUGACUAUUUACAUUUACAUUCGUUUUUAUCAAUCUACACGUAAUACUCAGUAGCACAUGUGCAAUUCUGUAAGAAUGAGCCUUUAGCCACAGAAAUACUGCAAAGUCCCAAAGACGGUCAGAGUACAGAGAUAUGAACAAUUGUGAAUAGAGACAAUUCAGAAUAGAGUAGUUUUUAGGAAAUGUCCCUUGUACAGAUAAUCUCUUGAAAAUUGUGAGGGAGCUGUUUAAGACCAGUUUUGAAGAUUAUUCCAUUAUCGAGCGAAAUUGAGUGUCUUGAGACAAUGGUUGACAAUGUACAAAAGAUGUGUAUAGACACUAAUUAUUCAUCAUUAUGGAUAUAUUUGUGCAUUACUUUAUAUCAGCAUUAAGUUCAUCUUAAAAGGGAUGAACUGCACAGCAAAAUCCAGAGUUAAAUCAACUCUGCUCAGAGUUUCUUCAGUGUUAUUUUAACACUAUUUAGAGAAGGACCAUAUGUACUCUGAGCAGAUCUGAUUUAACUCUGGAGAUUUUACUGUGUGGAUGCCUCUUUAGUUCUGACAUCGUUUUAGGGUCAUACCACAUUUAUAUGUAUAUAUAUAUAUAUUUUUUUUAAGAUGAAGAUCUAAAGAAAAGCAGAUGUUUGCUCCAUUUUGUUGCUUAUUGUGUUGAUGGAUUUGCCUGAGCUAUUGUUUUAAAAAGAGGAACUGGAUCAUAUUUAUGAACAUCUAAAUGUUGUGUUCUUUGUCUGUUAAUGGUCUUGGACAUUAUAAGUGAUGUGUAGCUGAAGACAUUAGCAUGUUUAAAUGACUACACACAUCACCUGUAUAUACAAUAUGUAAAUAAAAACUUCUUUGGGAUGUUA